AUGAACACAUACACCUCUCCUCUGUACCUGGCUCCUCGCAAGUCCACUCGCACACUCAUCCGCAGUCGCCUGCCCUCGAUCUCGAGCCAGACGUACAUUACCGCUCUCGCUCUCCCCUCACCGCCACCGUCGCCAGCCAACGAGUCGCUUAUGCAGCAGUCGAUGCUGUCGACGACAUUUGCUCUCCCCUCGUUCUCGGAAGUCAAGCUGAUUGACAGCCACCAAAGCAAACUAUCGCUUGCCAGCGACAGUGAGAGCGAGGUCGACGACAAGACCCUUGACGGGGACUGGGAGGCGGACUGUCCUGAAUUCGAUGGCGUGUUUGAGAUGGAGCUGGACACCGAAUGCCCUCAUCAGCCGAUGACUGCAGGUCCCCGGCCCUGGAGAGUGCGGCCUGAGCGUGUGUACAACUCGCUGAGGGCACAGAUCCAGGCCAUCGACGCUGAUGACAACGAAUUCUGCGUCAUGUAA